AUGGACAGUGGCAGACGACAGAAAGAACAGGCUGCAAAGUUUAAGCACAUUGUCAGCCAACGGAAAUCGAUGAAUCGAAAGGAAAGGCUGCCUCGGGAAGGGCGUUCGCCGCACGAUUCUAAUCCGAGUCGCGGGCCUGUAUCGACCGAAGACGCCCCAACACACAUAGCAUCGUCGUCUACUUCCGCACCCCUCCCUUUUAAUGAUCGCAAUGAUAUCGGAGGUCAGGACCCGUUUCUUGAUAUGAUUUUAAGUUCCUUUUUGGACCCGACAUGGAAUGCACCGCCCAACGGUGACUAUGUAGCUACUGCACCCCAGUCCUUGAUGAACGAAGAAGCUCACCAACGCCCACCUGCAUUUUUCAGGAACAGAGACUCAACGCAAAACUCAUUAUCACCCGUAUCGUCCGGGGAUUUCUCAUGGUUUGCGCCUGACAGGAUGGGUUUGCAUGACGGCAAGGCUGCAAUCGUGCCACAAGAUGAGAUGGGAUUUGCCACGAGUGGACAGCCCCUCUCCAUCGUGGAUGAAUGGGCAUGGGACUCAUCUUUAAACGGUAAUGGCUUCCUCAGUCAGUCUGGUGUGGACGACAAGGUUGCCGGAAAACCCACUGCUCCAGGACCUCUCCAUGAGCCAGUCCGACAUGGAGGAGCAGAUGACGCGUUAUUUAUGCACUACUUGGAUUGUGUAUUCCACAUCCAGUACCCAUUUUACCUCUCCCGCAACCCACGAGGAAGAGGUUGCCUCUUCUCGAUUUUAAGGAUGGUUAAGCCUGCUUACCUUGCAACCCUUGCGCUCAGUGAACGAGACCUUCUCUCCACCCAUCCGCAACAGGGCGAUGUCACUGCCAGCCUAACUCAACUGCGCUCCAAGGGUGGGUACUAUGAUCUGGCAGCUCAGGGGACACAGCGCCUGCUGCAAGAAUCACAUACAUGGAAUAGAAGUGCUCAUAUGGUUCACAAUAUUGAGUCUCUCGCGUCCAUCCUUCAGCUCUUGUUCUGGGAGCUCUUUGCCGGCGCCAGAGGGAAUUGGCAGGUCCUCCUUCGUGAAGCCGCUCGCCUGAUUCCCGGGCUUCUAGAGGCGCGAACACCCCUGACCAAACCCAAACCGGCAUGUUCCGACUAUACAAAUCUUCCACAGCAGGUAGAAACACUCUCUCUCGACGAUCAUUGUGCGACUGGUGUCUUGCUUGGCUCCUUUAUAUCGCUUGAUAUCAUCGCCUCCGCCUCCACUCGGCAGCCCCCUUUUCUCAAUAUUGACCACGCAGAGGCGCUGCGCAAUCCCUGCAUAGCAUUGGAAAGUAUUAUUGGCUGUAGCAACUCAGUCAUGGCGCUUAUCUUUGAGAUCUCCUUGCUAGAUAGAUGGAAGGAGGAGUCGCAGGCGGUCCGCAAGCUAAGCAUUAUCGAUCUGGCGGAGCGUGGCCGCCAGAUCGAGGAGCGCCUUCGACAGGAGCUUGGAGACAUGGACAGUUUGCCGGAAACCGGCCCAUCGCUGUUGAAUCGCUCAGGAGCGCUCUCUGCCCCCGCCAACGCCGACGUUAACCGGCUUUUCGCCCUCUCAGCACUCAUCUAUCUCCAUGUUGUCAUCUCAGGGGCACACCCGGAGCUGCCGGAGAUCGCAGAUGCGGUCUCACAAGCCAUAGCUGUUUUCAAGGGUCUGUGGGACCCAAGACUGCUACAAAGCGUAUUAGUCUGGCCAUUUUGCGUGUCUGGCUGCCUAGCCUUGGGCGAACAGCAGAGCUUCUUUCGCGACCUUUUCUCAGCUGCAGAAAUUACAGAAUCGACGGUUGAUAGAACGAUCCGAUAG